AUGCUCCGUCAGCAAGCCCUAGCUUUGAUAUUUGUUACUCAUUUCUCUUUCCAAGCAAUUCAAUGCGCGUUUCCAGCUUUGGAUGAUAAAAUAAAAACCUUGAACGAGCCGUUGAUCGAUGACAAGAGACCCUCGGUGGUUGAGAUACUUGACGACUCGACUCCUCUAACUUUGCACGAACGACAAGCUAUCAGGCAACAUCUUGCUGGUAACCCUCAGCUUCAACAUGAAGGUAGUUAUGAAGUGAGAACAAGUGUGGAAGAGCUCCCAAAAUCCGAGGGCCAUAAAAGAAAUGUAAUGGAGUCGAGACUGACAGAUUUGAAGACUCUGCGGGAUUCCCUGAACAUACUCAAGCGAAAUCCUCGAGUAUUUUUCAAAUAUCAAAACCCGACGGAUUAUUCAAGCUGGCGUCCUUGGAAUCAGCAUCACCCAUUGUUCAAGGUGGUCCACAAAUUGGACAACAUACAUGAAAGCAUUGAGAAAACGCAUCCCGCUGUAGUAGAUCCCCAGAGGUUUGUCUAG